AUGGCACAAAGAUCCGGACAGGAAGAUCCGGAGAGAUACCUCUUUGUGGAUAGGGCUGUAAUCUACAACCCUGCCACCCAGGCUGAUUGGACUGCUAAAAAGUUGGUGUGGAUUCCUUCAGAACGCCAUGGUUUUGAGGCAGCCAGCAUCAAGGAGGAAAAAGGGGAUGAAGUGUUGGUCGAACUGGCAGAGAACGGAAAGAAAGCACUAGUCAAUAAAGAUGAUAUUCAGAAGAUGAAUCCUCCCAAGUUCUCUAAAGUGGAAGACAUGGCAGAAUUAACCUGUUUAAAUGAAGCCUCUGUAUUGCAUAAUUUAAAGGAUCGGUAUUACUCUGGGCUUAUCUAUACCUAUUCAGGGCUGUUCUGCGUAGUUAUAAAUCCUUACAAGAACCUCCCGAUCUAUUCAGAAAACAUUAUCGAGAUGUACAGAGGGAAGAAGCGCCAUGAAAUGCCACCGCACAUUUAUGCAAUAUCUGAAUCUGCAUAUAGAUGCAUGCUACAAGACCGUGAGGACCAAUCAAUUCUCUGCACAGGUGAAUCUGGUGCCGGGAAGACUGAAAACACUAAGAAGGUUAUUCAGUACCUUGCUCAUGUUGCUUCCUCCCAUAAAGGAAGAAAGGACCAUAAUAUUCCUGUAAGUUGGGAUAUUUUCUCAUUUGGGGAGCUGGAACGUCAGCUUCUUCAGGCGAAUCCCAUUCUGGAAUCCUUUGGGAAUGCAAAGACAGUGAAAAAUGACAACUCCUCCCGCUUUGGCAAGUUCAUUAGGAUUAACUUUGAUGUUACUGGUUAUAUUGUUGGGGCCAACAUUGAGACAUACUUGUUGGAAAAGUCUCGUGCUGUUCGUCAGGCUAAAGAUGAGCGGACAUUUCAUAUCUUCUAUCAACUACUAGCUGGAGCAGGAGAACACCUGAAGUCUGACUUGCUGCUUGAAGGAUUUAACAAUUACAGAUUUUUAUCUAAUGGAUACAUCCCUAUUCCUGGGCAACAAGACAAGGAUAACUUUCAGGAGACUAUGGAAGCCAUGCAUAUCAUGGGAUUUUCACAUGAUGAGAUCUUGUCAAUGCUGAAAGUGGUAUCUUCAGUGCUACAAUUUGGAAAUAUUUCCUUUAAGAAGGAGAGAAAUACCGAUCAAGCUUCUAUGCCAGAGAAUACUGUCGCACAGAAACUCUGCCAUCUACUGGGAAUGAACGUAAUGGAGUUCACCCGGGCCAUACUGACACCGCGCAUCAAAGUUGGCAGAGACUACGUUCAGAAAGCCCAGACCAAAGAACAAGCAGAUUUUGCAGUGGAAGCUUUGGCAAAGGCCACCUAUGAACGCCUCUUCCGCUGGCUUGUUCACCGCAUUAAUAAAGCUUUGGACAGGACCAAACGACAAGGAGCAUCUUUUAUUGGAAUUCUGGAUAUUGCUGGAUUUGAAAUCUUCGAGUUGAACUCCUUUGAGCAACUCUGCAUUAACUACACCAAUGAGAAGCUUCAGCAGUUAUUUAACCACACAAUGUUUAUCCUGGAGCAAGAGGAGUACCAACGAGAGGGUAUAGAGUGGAAUUUCAUUGACUUUGGACUGGAUCUGCAGCCUUGCAUUGACUUAAUUGAAAGACCUGCAAAUCCUCCUGGUGUGUUAGCAUUACUGGAUGAAGAAUGCUGGUUCCCUAAAGCUACUGACAAGACGUUUGUGGAAAAAUUGGUCCAAGAGCAAGGAACACACUCCAAGUUCCAAAAGCCAAGACAACUAAAGGACAAAGCAGACUUCUGCAUUAUUCACUAUGCUGGGAAGGUAGACUACAAGGCAGAUGAGUGGUUGAUGAAAAAUAUGGACCCCCUGAAUGACAAUGUGGCUACACUCUUGCACCAGUCUUCUGACAAAUUUGUUGCAGAGCUUUGGAAGGAUGUGGAUCGUAUUGUGGGUCUGGAUCAGGUCACUGGAAUAACAGAGACAGCUUUUGGCUCUGCGUACAAGACCAAGAAGGGCAUGUUUCGUACUGUUGGCCAGCUGUACAAAGAAUCUCUCACCAAGCUGAUGGCAACGCUCCGAAACACUAAUCCCAAUUUUGUUCGCUGCAUCAUUCCAAAUCAUGAAAAGAGGGCUGGAAAACUGGAUCCACAUCUGGUUCUAGAUCAGCUUCGUUGCAACGGUGUUUUGGAAGGAAUAAGGAUUUGUCGACAAGGAUUUCCAAACAGGAUAGUGUUCCAGGAAUUUAGGCAGAGGUAUGAGAUCCUUACUCCCAAUGCAAUUCCAAAAGGUUUUAUGGAUGGUAAGCAAGCCUGUGAGCGUAUGAUCAGAGCCUUAGAGCUGGACCCCAACUUAUACAGAAUUGGACAGAGCAAGAUCUUUUUCCGAGCUGGUGUCUUGGCACACUUAGAAGAAGAACGAGAUCUGAAGAUCACAGAUAUUAUCAUCUUCUUCCAGGCAGUCUGUAGAGGAUACCUGGCUCGGAAGGCCUUUGCAAAGAAACAACAGCAACUGAGUGCACUGAAAAUCCUGCAGAGGAAUUGUGCUGCAUAUUUGAAGCUUAGGCACUGGCAGUGGUGGAGAGUCUUCACGAAGGUGAAGCCUCUUCUUCAGGUCACUCGUCAAGAAGAAGAACUUCAAGCCAAGGACGAGGAGCUAAUGAAGGUGAAAGAAAAACAGACAAAAGUGGAGGCAGAACUUGAGGAAAUGGAAAGGAAACAUCAGCAGCUUCUAGAAGAGAAGAACAUUCUUGCAGAGCAGCUACAGGCUGAGACAGAGCUCUUUGCAGAAGCUGAGGAAAUGAGGGCUCGCUUGGCUGCCAAAAAACAAGAGUUGGAAGAAAUUCUCCAUGACUUGGAGUCCAGGGUUGAGGAGGAAGAGGAAAGAAACCAAAUAUUGCAGAAUGAGAAAAAGAAAAUGCAGGGCCAUAUUCAGGACCUAGAGGAACAGCUUGAUGAGGAGGAGGGAGCUCGACAGAAGUUGCAGCUUGAAAAAGUGACAGCUGAAGCUAAGAUCAAGAAGAUGGAGGAAGAGAUCCUACUGUUGGAGGACCAAAAUUCCAAAUUUUUGAAGGAAAAGAAGCUGAUGGAGGAUCGAAUUGCUGAAUGUACUUCUCAGCUGGCUGAAGAAGAAGAAAAGGCCAAAAACUUGGCCAAACUUAAGAACAAGCAGGAAAUGAUGAUCACUGAUUUGGAAGAGCGCUUAAAAAAGGAGGAGAAGACCCGUCAAGAAUUAGAAAAAGCUAAAAGAAAACUUGAUGGUGAAACAACAGACCUACAGGACCAAAUAGCUGAGCUGCAAGCCCAGAUUGAAGAACUGAAGAUCCAGCUGGCCAAGAAAGAGGAAGAACUGCAGGCUGCUCUUGCUAGAGGUGAUGAAGAAGCAGUUCAGAAAAACAAUGCACUGAAAGUGAUAAGAGAGUUGCAGGCUCAAAUUGCAGAACUCCAGGAGGAUCUUGAAUCUGAGAAGGCAUCACGCAACAAAGCAGAAAAGCAGAAAAGAGAUUUAAGUGAAGAAUUGGAAGCUUUAAAAACUGAACUGGAAGAUACCUUGGAUACCACUGCAGCACAGCAAGAGCUGAGGACAAAACGCGAGCAGGAGGUGGCUGAACUGAAGAAAGCAAUUGAAGAGGAAACCAAAAACCAUGAAGCACAGAUCCAGGAAAUCAGGCAGAGGCACGCUACUGCCCUGGAAGAGCUCUCUGAACAACUUGAACAGGCCAAAAGGUUCAAAGCAAAUCUUGAAAAAAACAAGCAAGGCCUAGAGUCUGACAACAAGGAGUUAGCCUGUGAAGUGAAGGUACUGCAGCAGGUCAAGGCAGAGUCUGAACAUAAGAGGAAGAAGCUUGAUGCUCAGGUACAAGAGCUAACUGCUAAGGUCACAGAAGGCGAAAGACUGAGGGUGGAGCUGGCGGAGAAAGCUAACAAGCUGCAGAAUGAGUUGGAUAAUGUCUCAAGUCUCCUGGAGGAAGCAGAGAAGAAAGGCAUUAAGUUUGCCAAGGAUGCGGCUAGUUUGGAAUCUCAGCUUCAGGAUACACAGGAGCUGCUUCAGGAAGAAACCCGCCAGAAACUCAACCUGAGCAGUAGGAUUAGGCAGCUGGAAGAGGAGAAGAACAACCUGCAAGAGCAGCAGGAAGAGGAAGAGGAGGCCAGAAAGAACUUGGAGAAACAGAUGCUUGCCUUGCAGUCACAGUUGGCUGAUGCUAAGAAAAAGGUAGAUGAUGACUUGGGAACCAUUGAAGGCUUGGAGGAAAAUAAGAAGAAAUUAUUGAAGGACAUGGAGUCCUUAAGCCAACGCCUAGAGGAGAAGGCAAUGGCUUAUGACAAACUGGAGAAGACAAAGAAUCGCCUGCAGCAAGAGCUGGAUGACUUGAUGGUAGAUCUAGAUCAUCAGCGCCAGAUUGUUUCUAACUUGGAGAAAAAGCAGAAGAAGUUUGAUCAGAUGCUGGCAGAAGAAAAGAACAUUUCUGCCAGAUAUGCAGAGGAAAGAGAUCGUGCUGAAGCAGAAGCAAGGGAGAAGGAAACCAAAGCACUGUCUCUAGCUCGGGCUUUGGAAGAAGCCCUGGAAGCUAAGGAAGAAUUUGAAAGACAGAACAAACAGUUGCGUGCAGAUAUGGAAGACUUAAUGAGUUCUAAAGAUGAUGUGGGCAAAAAUGUCCAUGAACUGGAGAAGUCAAAGAGAACUUUAGAGCAACAGGUUGAAGAGAUGAGGACUCAGCUUGAGGAACUGGAAGAUGAACUGCAGGCCACAGAAGAUGCUAAGCUUCGUUUGGAGGUGAACAUGCAAGCUAUGAAAGCCCAGUUUGAGAGAGAUCUGCAAGCCAGAGAUGAACAGAAUGAAGAGAAAAAGAGGAUGCUGGUUAAACAAGUGCGAGAGCUGGAGGCAGAACUGGAAGACGAGCGCAAACAAAGGGCUCUUGCUGUGGCAGCCAAGAAGAAAAUGGAGAUGGAUCUGAAAGACCUGGAAGGUCAGAUAGAAGCUGCAAACAAGGCUCGAGAUGAAGCAAUCAAACAGCUACGUAAGCUCCAGGCUCAAAUGAAAGACUACCAGCGGGAGCUGGAAGAAGCCCGUGCAUCCAGGGAUGAGAUCUUUGCACAGUCCAAAGAGAGUGAAAAGAAGCUCAAAGGUCUCGAAGCAGAAAUACUCCAGCUCCAAGAGGAGUUUGCUGCGUCUGAAAGAGCCCGUCGUCAUGCUGAGCAAGAAAGGGAUGAGUUGGCUGAUGAGAUUGCAAACAGUGCUUCAGGAAAGUCAGCACUGCUGGAUGAGAAGCGCCGGCUGGAAGCUCGUAUUGCACAGUUGGAGGAAGAGCUUGAGGAAGAGCAGAGCAACAUGGAGCUUCUCAAUGAGCGGUUCCGAAAGACCACGCUGCAGGUUGACACGCUUAAUUCUGAGCUAGCUGGGGAGCGGAGUGCUGCCCAGAAGAGUGAAAAUGCACGGCAGCAGCUAGAAAGGCAGAACAAAGAGCUGAAAGCCAAGCUGCAGGAACUGGAGGGAUCUGUGAAGUCUAAGUUCAAGGCAACAAUUUCUACUCUAGAAGCCAAGAUUGUGCAGCUAGAAGAACAGCUUGAGCAGGAAGCCAAGGAAAGAGCAGCUGCUAACAAAUUGGUCCGUCGUACAGAGAAGAAAUUGAAAGAAGUCUUCAUGCAGGUGGAGGAUGAGCGUCGACAUGCAGACCAGUACAAGGAGCAGAUGGAAAAGGCAAAUGCCAGAAUGAAGCAGCUCAAACGCCAGCUGGAGGAGGCUGAAGAGGAAGCCACUCGUGCAAACGCUUCCCGACGUAAACUUCAGCGCGAGCUGGAUGAUGCCACGGAGGCUAAUGAGGGCCUGAGCCGGGAGGUCAGCACCCUGAAAAACAGGCUAAGGCGUGGGGGGCCCAUCACCUUCUCCUCGAGUCGAUCCGGGAGACGCCAGCUGCACAUUGAAGGGGCGUCUCUGGAGCUCUCGGAUGACGAUGCGGAGAGCAAAGGCAGCGAUGUGAACGAAGCGCAGCCGGCCCCUGCUGAGUAGAGCCCUGUCACACCGUUCGCAUGCAGAGACCUUUUACACAAUAGUCGGCCGAAGGAGGAGGACUUUCCUGACCACCGAACUGCCUUGUGGCCGUAAAUCUGCCUUACGAAACGUCGGCAUGCUACAAGGUUACUUAUCAUAGGUCAACUAUGUCUUAAGGCUCUCCAGCCUCACCAUACUGUACCCUGCUUCAGAUAUAGGUACAACUGCUUUUUUAUAUAUAGUAAACAAAAUGGGAUUGUCUCUGUUCAGUGCAUCUAUUUUCCAGAUACUCCAUUGUAAAGCCAUUUUAUAAAGCAUCAUGUGAAGGAUGAAACUUU